AUGACGGUCUUACCUAGUCGAGAAGACCUUACUUCUCGUAUAGUCCCGUCGAUGGCUUUUAGCGAUGGCAGUCCCUCAUCUAUGACCCCCGCUCCUGCAUCGACGUUCGAAGGCGACCCCGCUGUUGGUGCCGAGAAGCGAUUUUCUGUCCGAGGAAAUGCGAUUGUUACUGGUGGUGCCGGAACUCUUGGUCUUCAAGGAUGCAAUGCCCUCCUCGAGCAUGGUCUUCAGGGGCUUAUGAUCUUUGAUAUCAACCUGCAAAUUCCGAGAAGGAGAUCGCUCAACUGCGAGCUAAAUUCCCUGAAACCAAAAUCAAAUACCAAAAAGUCGACAUUACGGACGAAGAAGCUGUCAGUACCGCGGUAG